GCAAAAGACCCAAGCGCUGUCUCGCUUAUCACGAACCUGCGUAAAACUCCGAGACAUUGCACAGCCCGUUCUCUACCAUCGCUUGUUGCCUCCCUCCCAAGGUCGUUGCUUUUCUCUCCUUCGGACGCUUUUUCAGCGGCCCGAUCUUGCCAGGGCAGUGAGGGAGAUGCAUCUGGACAACACCUUGGAAACUCUGAGCCGGGAAGAGCUCAUAGCAUGGCAGCCGCUGGAUGGGGAACUAUUCAAACUGUUCUCUAUCAUGCAGUCCGUCCCCUCGGCCAGCCAAAAAGAGUACAUUGACGGGCCACAGACGUGGCUCAGGGCGUAUUGCAUCGGUGUUCUCUCACUCAUCUGCAACGUCGAGCGCCUCUUGAUUGUCGUGGAUGGCAUGGGAUAUCCCAAGGGUCGGCCGCUCUCUCUGCCUCGAUUAUUGGAGCUGAGCUAUGUAGACCGGCGUUGCUGGAUUGACACCACGGCAAUAUCAUCUCUCACCGGCAUUGAAAGUAUUCUAGAAGCGGCGCCCCAGCUGAGGAUUUUCAGGGGCUUCGGCCUCGAGAAGUUGGCCCCUUUGCCUGCGAGGCUGGACAAUCUGGAGGAGCUGUAUCUGGACACUUGCAAUAUGGAUCCCGAGACCCUCGAUCAACUCCUUUGUCGAGCGCCAAACAUCCACUCAUUCUUCCUGUCAUGCCUGAGACCUCCCUUUAGAACGCGACCCUAUCAUUUUCCGACAGACGUUGUUCGCUCCCUAAAGCGAGUACGCCACACUCUGAGGUGGCUAUACCUGGACUACUCGCCUUACGACCAAUGGCCGCCUUCAUUCGGAAAAGAUAUACUGCAAGCGCUCAGAGGCCUAGAGGCUUUGGAAACAUUCAUUGUUGGCGACAUGUUCCUGCUUAUCCAGACGCCAGGGUACCCCGUAUUCUUCUACCAAGCUUGGCCUACACUCGCGACUGCGCCUCUACCGUGUCUUGGUCAGUCGGACACGCAGGACAAGCUCAGGCCAUCACGGAACAUAUAUCGCAACCCACUUUUCGAUGCGACCGAGCCAUCGACUGGUCAGCUCUACGAUAAAAGCAACAAUCAACUGUUCCCUCACGUCAGAAAGCUCGUGAUGCUAUCAUGGGGACACUGCCUUGCGUCCGAUCUGAAAUGGUUAUCGGCAAAUGCGACUCAUCUGUUUCCACGCCUGCAGCAAGUUCAUUUUGAACUGUCUCUUGCUCAGCUGCCACUGCCAACAAGAGCUAGUUUGCACCCCUCAGAGAGUCGUUCAGAGGCCAGUAGGCUGCGUACACUUUGGGGCAAUACAAUGGGGGAUGGGCUAAGAGGCCUGUCUCUCCACAUCAUUCCAUCAAUCUUGAGAGCUGUUGAUGGCCUGUCCGAGGAUGCCGGUGAAGAUGGUGGCAAUGGCGAAACUAGCGAGCAGGAUAUUUACUGGUGGUAG